AUGAACUAAGUGACAGAAAUUUACAUAGCUGUUUGUAUUCACAGAAGCUAGAUUGAUAAGUUUUUGAAAACCUAAAAUUACAAAGGGGUAAAGAUCAAUGUUAUAACUCUUGAGAGCAGUUCAAAUUUCGGAGAUGCCUUAAGAGAGAUAAACUAGCUUUAAACUAUCAAAAGUGAUUUUAUCCUUGCCAGAGGUGACAUCAUCACUAAUGUAAACAUUUAGAAUGCUAUUAAAGAGCAUUAUAAAGUUAAAGCUGAAGAUAAAGAAAAGAAACUUAUUUUGACCAAAAUAUUUGUUAAGAUUCCAUUUUCAAAUCCAAUCAGAAGCAAAUAAUAGGAAUGUGCCAUGAUUUUGGACAGCCAAACAAAAGAAAUCUUGAAGUAUGAAUCAUUUGUUCAUAAUAAGUAACUAAAAAUUAAUGAAGAAUACAUAUCUUUAAAAUAAGCUUAGAGACAAUUUGAAAUCAGAUUUGAUCUAGUAGACUCUGAGAUUAGUAUAUGCUCAAGGGAUGUAUUAAACUACUUUACUGAUAAUUUCGACUAUGAAUCACUACAUGAUGAUUUUAUCAACUAAAUAUAAUCAAGUGAGAUUAUUGAGGAUAGAAUCAUGGCAUAGGAAGUUACUGGGUAUUAUGCUAGAAUUUUAGAUCCAAGAACAUAUGGUGAGGUUACAUAAGAUAUCUUAUCUAGAUGGAUACAUCCAUUGGUUCUCGACUCUAAACUACUAUGUCCUAAGAAUAACUAUUAAUUCCAAUUUUUGAAUAAGUAUCUUGAGACUGACGUUAAGAUCGCACUAUCUACCACCAUAUCUAAUAAUACUCAAAUAGGAAAGUAGUCUAAGUUAAGCGAGGAUAGUAAAAUUGAAAAAUCAACAAUUGGAAGAAAGUGUAUAAUUGGCAGGAAUGUGACCAUUAAGAACUCUUACAUUUGGAAUAAUGUGCAAAUUCAUGAUGGAUGUCAUAUUGAAAAUGCCAUCAUCUGUGAUAACGUGGUUUUGAAUAAGAAUGUCAAGGUUGGAUCAGGAGCAAUACUCUCAUAUGGAGUUGUGGUAAAUGAAGACUAAACUAUACCUCCAGCUUCCAUGGUUUCAAAAUAUACCUAUGAUUCAAAGACUAUGACGUUUGUUGAAAUUGAAGAAAGUAAAUCAUCAAUCUUUGCUGAUGGAGAUAUUUCAUAUUUGCCCAGAGAAUGCUAACUUAGAGAAGACGAGCUUAUUGGCGCAGGAAAACUAUAUAAUAACGACGAAGAGAGUGACUUUGAAGAUCAAGAUGAAGAAGACCAAGAAAAAUCAAGUUCAGCUUUUCUUAUUGAAGUAAGAAAGACUAUUGAGAGAACCACUCCUGAUCAAAUAGGAAAUGCUGUAACAGAGGUUAAAUCCCUCAAGAUGUCUUAUAAUAAAGAUCUCUCAGAUUGUAUUGAGGCUAUUAUUCCACCCCUACUUGACAAAAUAAAUGAAUAAAAUGCCUAAAAGAGAGCCUAACUCUUGCAAGAUACUUUAAAAGAUUGGAAAGAACUACUACUAGAGUUCUUGAGAGCUGAGGCUGAUGAAAAAACUUUCGUAUAGCAUACUUUAGUAAGAGCAAUUGAAAUCUAUUGUGCUAAUAAUCAACUUUUUAACAACUCUUUCCAUAUCAUAUUGCAGAUCAUAUUCAAAUUAGAACUAUUAGAAGCACUUAUCAUUAUUAAAUGGAGCUAAUAGGCACAAAAGAGCAUUUAAAAUAGAGGCGAUGAGGAUGAGAUAUAAGAUGAAAUAUUCGACUUUAUUGAUGCAAGCAAGAGAGAAAAAUUCAUCAAAGAUAUGGCUAAGUUUAUUGAAUAUCUCCAGAAAUCUCUUGAAGAGGAAGAAGAAGAGGAGGAUGAAGAAGAGGACGAAGAAGAAGAAGGUGAAGAAGAGGAUGAGGAGGAUUAGUGA